UCAGCUCCGCCGGCUCAUGAAUAUUCAUCGCCUCGGCUGAGUCAAAGCUUUUAGGCGAGUUUGUGUAGAUGAGCGGCAUCACGCUCAGACUUUUCAAAGAGACAAACUCCAUUUUCUUAUGAAUGGAAAGUGAAAACCCUGUUCCGCUUAAAUUGGGUUCUUUCCCGUCCUGAGAAACACAACAGACCCCCAAAAGGCACGCUGAAGAGAGAGCACACACACAGACCCAGCGGCGAGAAAUGACCAUGACCACCAUGCCUGAGAGUCUAAACAGCCCCGUCUCGGGGAAGGCCGUCUUUAUGGAGUUCGGGCCGCCCGGCCAGCAAAUGUCUCCUUCUCCCAUGUCCCACGGACACUAUUCCAUGCACUGUUUACACUCCGCGGGCCACUCGCAGCCCGACAGCGCGUACAGCACAGCUUCGUCCUUCUCCCGACCGCUGGGCUACCCCUAUGUGAACUCGGUGAGCAGCCACUCCGGCAACCCCUACAUCAGUUCAGUGCAGCCCUACCCCAACAGCUCCGGCCUGGCCCAGCCCCGGCUGGAGGAGACAGGGGCCGAAUCGGAGAAAAGCACUGUGGUAGAAGGAGGGGAAGUUCGCUUUAAUGGGAAAGGGAAAAAAAUCCGCAAACCCAGGACUAUUUAUUCCAGUUUGCAGCUGCAGGCUCUGAACAGGAGGUUCCAGCAAACCCAGUACCUGGCCCUGCCCGAGAGAGCCGAGCUCGCGGCCUCUCUGGGACUCACCCAGACUCAGCCGUCGCCCCGCGCGCACAGCCCCGCGGAUGGGGCUGCGACGGGACGGGCUCUGCGGCGCCGCGCGCCGCCGAGGCGGCAUUUAACUCCGGUCACGUGGGCGCGGCGCACGUCACCUAGCAACGGCCAAUGGGGGGCCCGCGCGCGCCGCAUCCCCGGGGCCCGGCGGGGCGCGAGACCGGAGAGACGCGGGGGCCGCUUCGGCCGCCCCGUCGGAGCCCGGAGCCCUGCCGUGCCCUGCCCUACUCUGCUCUACCCUACCCUAUCGUCGUGCUGCCGGCCCGCACCGACGGGGCGGUCCCAGGGUACAGCAUCGCGGCGAUGCGGCUCCCCUGGGACGCCCGACUGCACGCGGCGGUGGCUGACGGCUCCCACAGGCCGUGCCCCGCACGGCAGCGGCUGUCCCGGUGCCCCUGCGCGUCCCCGCCGUCGUGGCGAGAGGCACGGCCCCGGCACCGACCGCGCGAGGCGCUUUGCUCCCCCCGCCCGAGCGCCGUCCGUGCAGCCCUGCGCGCGCCCCUUCCCGCUCCCGCCGCGCGCUCCGACGGUCGCCGCUCGCGCUCCCGUCACGGGGCGGGCGGCUUCGCGGGGCCGCCUCGCUGCGGGACCCGGCUCGGCGCGUCCGGAGGGCGGAGGACAAUUGUAUAUGACUCAUAGAAAUGUCUACGGCAACUCCUGCCUGGAAAUGCGCUUUGGCUUACGCAUCCCUCUUGAUGCAGAGUUCCCCAGCAGCCUUGCAGAACAGUUUGACAGUGAUUACUUUGGUAACACCACUUCCCACGGCCCAAGCAGCUUUGGGCAGCUUGUCUUAGUGUUACCUUUGUGCUCAGUGCUCUUAACAAUUACAGUGUACGUCCCUAACAAUCCCACUUCAGAACAACUUUCCUUCUCUCCUGCUGGAGUGAUUGAAAGGGUGAAGUGAAUAGAAUAGAACAAGGAUUUAUGUUUCUGAAGUUUGUUCAAAAUAAAGUCCUGA